AUAAUGAAACAGUUCAAGCUGCAUUUGCUGUGCUGCCUGCUAAUCGGAGUUAUAUGGACUGUCCGAGCAGACGGCACGCCUAAUUGGCAGCUGCCUACAGCGGAGGCAGUGCAGCACAGUCUGCAAAGCUGCCAGGCGCAAGCAGCUGGCGAGGCGGCAAACACGCUGAGAUGCCUGACAAAGCAGCUGGGUCUGUGGUCGGACGUCGAUGGCUUCAAGGCCAAACGCAUAGCUCACAUGUUUGCGGAGCGCCACCAGAUGGAGGAGCUAAUCGUGGUCAUCGACUACUGCAACAAUAGAGAGCAACGCAAGGAGCAGCCGGCACAGUGGGCCUAUGCGGCCUACAAGUGUGCGACAGCAGGCAGAUUUGGCCGGUGGGUCGAGGAAUACAUGAAUAAUAUCAAAUAA